AUGGCGGCUGUUAUGAAGCUGAAGACGCUUCAGGGUCAUCUGCAGGACCUGAGUGGGUUUGAGAAGCCGAAGGUACAACUGGAGCAGUAUGAGACUUCUCCACACAUUGCUGCUGUUGCUCUUUACACAAUGCAGACACAAUACGAAGCCCUAGAAGGCAAGCUGGUGCUCGACGCGGGCUGCGGGCCGGGCGCGCUGAGCUUCGGCGCGGCGCUGCUCGGGGGCGCCGUCACGGCCGUGGACGUGGACGCGGACGCCUUGAGCGUGCUGCAUGAGAAUAAAAAUGACACUGAGAUUGCUAAUGUUGAUGUGGUGCAGUGCGAUUUCCUUGGACCAAGUGUUUGUAGAUGGGAAAACUAUUUUGAUACAGUUGUGAUGAACCCGCCGUUCGGUACGAAGAGCAACGCCGGCGUCGACAUGCGAUUUCUGCGCACCGGGCUGGAUCUCAGCUGCGACAGUGUCUACUCGCUACACAAAUCUUCUACAAGGGCACACAUCCAAAAGAAGAUCAAAGAGUGGGGCGUAAAGGGCAGCGUGAUAGCGGAGCUGCGCUACGACCUCCCUGCGACGUACAAGUUCCACAAGCAACAGUCGCGCGACAUCGCCGUCGAUCUGUGGCGGGUGCACCACCCCUGCUAGGAGUCAGGUCAGGUGUUAAACCUGACCUAACCUGACUAGUGAUCCAAAAGACCCUUUUUAGCUCUUUUUUUAGGGCUCCACUCAUCUCUUGACGCGUAAAAGGCUAAAAGCCUUUUCUAUUUAAUUAGUAAAAUAGGCUUUUAGGCGUCAAGAGAUGAGACGAGCCUUAAAAAAACCGGGCAAGUGCGAGUUGGACUCGCGCACGAAGGGUUCCGUACCAUAAUGCAAAAACAAAAACAAAAAAAAAAGCAAAAAAAAAACGGUCACCCAUCCAAGUACUGACCACUCCCGACGUUGCUUAACUUUGGUCAAAAAUCACGUUUGUUGUAUGGGAGCCCCAUUUAAAUCUUUAUUUUAUUCUGUUUUUAGUAUUUGUUGUUAUAGCGGCAACAGAAAUACAUCAUCUGUGAAAAUUUCAACUGUCUAGCUAUCACGGUUCGUGAGAUACAGCCUGGUGACAGACGGACGGACGGACGGACGGACGGACGGAUGGACGGACAGCGAAGUCUUAGUAAUAGGGUCCCGUUUUACCCUUUGGGUACGGAACCCUAAAAAGACCUAAAAUCUCUAGUCUUUUGGAUCACUAAAUCUGACAUUAGUUGUAAUUGAUUAAUUAUGGUGUAUUCUGGUGAUUACAAAUCACCUGCGAACGUCAUGUAAACCGCAUUUAACUUUUGUGGGAUAACAAUGUCCAACACGGUUACUUACCCAGAGUUAGUUUUUUUAGCAUUAGAAAAAUACUACGCGAUCUUGACGUAUACUUUAAUUGAAAAAAGGUUUAAAAAAAUCAGUAACUACUUAUUACUUAUGAUUCAUAAAUGUUACAUAUUUGCCGUGACUUCGCUGCCUGCUGACUACCGAUUUUUCAAGUGUUUUCAAUAAAAAGACACGUCAAGAUUUACCUCUUUUCUAAUGCUAAAAAAACGAACUAUAGUUACUGUUGCUCCACAAAAGUUACCACAGUGAAUGCAUCUUAAUUUUAAAAACCGCCCAUAUUUAAUUAUUUCGAUAUCAGAGUCCUAUUCCGAAAUUACCCGACAUUCGUUAGUGAUUCGGAAUUAGGCACUCAAAUACUCCUUAGGGUGGUAUUCCACCUGUCCUAUGUCAUUGCGUCUCACUCUCUCAUUAAGCAAAAUAUGAGACACAAUACACAUUGGAC